UUCUGUAGAUCUAGUUAUCCUACAAUAAUGACCACUCAAUUUGGGGCCUCUUCUUCUUCUUCCUCUUCUAGUACCAUUCAGCCCUCUUUCUCUUCCUCUUGUGCUACCAUUCAGUCAUGGACAUACCAUGUCUUUUUGAGUUUUAGAGGAGAGGAUACGCGCAACACUUUUACAGGCCAUUUGCACAACAAUUUGGUUCAGAAGGGAAUUAAAACCUUCAUAGAUGAUGGCCUUACAAGAGGAGAAGAAAUAUCAAGCGCACUUUUUAAAGCAAUUGACGAGUCAAAAAUUUCUGUCAUUGUGUUCUCUAAAAGUUAUGCUUCCUCAAAAUGGUGUUUAGAAGAACUUGUGAAGAUCAUGCAUUGUAAUGAAUCAAAGCAACAAAUUGUAUACCCUAUUUUUUACAAGGUAGAUCCAUCAGAUGUACGAAACCAAGAGGGUAGUUUUGGUCAGGCACUUGCUCAUCAUGAUAACUUGGAGAAGGUGGCAGGAUGGAAGUCAGCUCUUACAAAAGCAGGAAAUCUUUCUGGGUGGCAUUUCUCACACGGAGGGCAUGAAUCUAAAUUCAUUCAUAAAAUUGUUGAAGAGAUCUCACAACAAGUUUUAAAUUUUACAUAUUUGAAUGGGCACAAAUACUUAGUUGGAAUAGAGUCUCAUUUAAAACAUAUGGAAAAGCUUUUAUGUGUUGGAGAAAGUGACGUACGAAUGAUAGGGAUAUGGGGCAUUGGUGGAUUAGGCAAAACAACAAUUGCAAAGACUGUUUAUAAUAUAAUUUCCCACAAAUUUGAAGGCAGUUGUUUUUUGGAAAAUGUUAGAGAAAGAUCGUUGAAAUAUGGAGGCCUACAAGAACUACAUAAGUUUCUUCUUUCUAAGACUCUAGGGUUGAGAGAUUUAGAGGUAAAUAGUCUUGAUGAAGGAAGCAUCAUGAUAAAAGAAAUAUUAAGCCAUAGGAGAGUUUUCUUAGUUCUUGAUGAUGUGAAUGAUUUGGACCAGUUAAAAAGUUUAGUCGGAAAGUCUAAUUGGUUUGGUUCUGGUAGUAGAAUAAUCAUAACAACACGAGAUAAGCAUUUGCUACAUGAUGUUAAUCACAUAUACCAAGUGGAGAAGUUAAGUCACAGUGAAGCUUUGGAGCUCUUCAACUUUAAUGCAUUCAAAGGAAAAGGACAGAUGGGUGAUUAUGUUGAACUCAUAGAUAAUGUAAUAUGCUAUGCUGAAGGGCUUCCUCUAGUUGUAGAAGUUAUGGGUUCAUAUCUACGUGGUAGAAGUACGGACACGUGGAAAGAUGCAUUAGAGUCUUGCAAAAGAGAUCCUAAGUUUCAACAAGUGCUCAAAUUAAGUUAUGAUGCACUUGAACCUUCGAUGAAGGAAGUUUUUCUUCACAUCGCAUGUUUCUUUAAAGGUAAAAAUAAGAACUAUGUGAUGGACAUAUUAGAAGGAUGUGACCUACGACCUAAACACAGCAUUGAAGUACUCAUAGAAAAGGCUCUCAUAAGUAUUACUGAAGCAAAUGAUGUUUGGAUGCAUGAUGUGCUAGAAGAAAUGGGCAAAGAAAUAGUUUGUCAAGAGUCAUCAGAGCCAGGAGAACGUAGCAGAUUGUGGUUGUACGAAGAUGUUUAUCACGUUUUUGUGCACAAUACUGGAACAAGCAAAGUUAAAGGGAUCAUGGUUCUGAAAGGUGUACCAGAUGAACAAAUACCCUUGAAUAAGAAAAGCUUCUUAAAGUUAAACGGUCUUCAAAUUCUUAUAAUUUGUGGUGAUGUAUUCUAUGGAGAUCAUGUGGAUUACCUUCCCAAUGAUUUGAGACUGUUAAACUGGAAGGAUUGUCAGUUACAAUAUUUUCCAUCAGAUUUUUAUCCUAGGAAACUUGUUGCACUCAAGAUGGAUUUCAGUGAGAUAUCAUCACCAUGGAGUGUACUUAAGGGAGGUUUUCUACGUCAGAUGACUAGGAUCUACACAUCACCAUUGGGGAAGAGACUACAGAAUAUGCACAAUUUGAAAUCAGUCGAUUUGGGAAAUUUCAAUGGUGCAACAACGUUUUCCUACUUCUCUAGAUUGCCAAACUUAGAGGAGUUGAAAAUAAGAGACAGUCAAAAAGUCAAAAAGUUUGAAAUUGUGGAAAAGAUGAAAUCCUUGAAAAGGUUGGAUCUAAGCGGUACUGCAAUCAGAGAAUUGCCUUCAUCAACAAUCAGAUGUCUCAUUAAUCUGGAAGAGUUAACUUUAUCUGGUUGCAAGAAACUUAAACAUGUGCCAUGUAGCAUUUUUGAGUUGCAACAUCUAGAGCUUUUGGAUCUCUCUUAUUGUAAAAAGCUGGUAACAUUUCCAACGAAGUCAGGGUUUUCAACGGGAUCGACCAGUUUACAGGACAAGCACUAUGUUCCAUUAUCCGUCAAUUUGAACAAUUGCAAUCGUCUCGUAGAAAUUGCAGAAAUUCCGCGAGAAAGAUAUGACCUAGAUGCGAGUGGCUGCUAUAGAUUGCAAAAAAUUUCAAAAUUGUCAAACAUUUUGGAAGGUAAACAGUCAAAAUCGACCCCUUUUAUGGAUUUGCUUAAUUGCUAUGAACUGUCCGGCAAUCUGGCUCGUGACGUGGCAAAGGUGAAAAAGAAUUUACCGGAUAAUUCCAGGUCAACAGCUCUGUGGUUUCUCGUUUUCUCAUGUCGGCAAUCUGAGUGUCAGGUUUUCUUUAACGGCCCGCCUUACAAAUUUGGGAUUCCGGAGUGGUUCACUUGGCGCAGGGAUUUCGAUAUGGAAAUGGAAGGACUUCAAGGAUGUGAAUUUAGAAUUGAUUUUCCUGGAAAUUUCAAAUGGGAUGAGGACAAAGGAUUGGCUUUCUGUGCUCAAACUGUUGAUAACGAUCACCAGCGCUGGGCUAUGAGAUCAUGUUUCAGAAUAGUCACAAUCUACAUUAACGGUGUAUGCAUCACUGAAGUAUACCUAAUGACGGGAUGGUCCGUGUGGGGGUACUUGCCAUUCGAUACUAUUAUAGAACGGCUGAGUGAGAGUGGGUCACCACCACCUUCCGUGUGUCUGGUUAAGAUUGAAUUUAAAACCCGCGAUGUAUGGUCUAACGAGAUUAAGGACGAAGGGCCCCCGAUGCAAAGCUGCGGAGUCCACGUUGUAAUGCCAGAGGAUGAAGGCCAAUUUGUUUUGAGCUUACCGACCCCAUCAGUCAAACAAGGCAAGCCAUACCUCCACCACAUAUGGAGUAAUGUUUAUCCUGUGGACGAAUUUCGCCACACUUAUCACUGAAGAACGACUGCCAUCUAACGCUGUGAAAACAGAGCAAAUUUCGCCACACUUACCUAUUAUUUUCGGUGCUGACAUAUCAUCAAAGAGUUUGAAUUGAUGGGGUCUUGGAAUGCUAUCCACAUGGACAUCAUGGAGUAGAUAAGGAUUUAGGCCGUCUACAUGGCCGGUUAGACUUGGUAAAUACCUUAUGCUAAUACUGGCCUUAACAAGAGUUGAUCGAGAUGAAACUAGAUGGUACAGAUAUUGCUGACAGAUUGACAGGGCAAAAGGAGUAUCUACUUAAUUGCAAGCAUGUACAAAGGCGGACAGCUGCUUUCAAAGAGGACUUUUGCAUCCUUGGUAGUUUUGCUGCAAUGGAUACAUCCAUAUGCCGAUUAAGUUAGUUCUUGGAUGCUACAGAUUAGGCCCUGGAAAUUUUACAUUGCCAAAACAAAGAAAAUGUGGGCUGAUAUGAUAUGCUCCUGUGGAGGAAGGGAUCUGGUGCUGACACUAAUGUGGGGUACUAAACCUGAUGCUUUGUUGGUCUGAAGGAGAGCUGAGAAUUUGAUUAAACUUAAUGGUCACGAUAUAUAUUGCUCCAGACAGGAGAAAUUUGUAUCUCUGAGCAUGAUUGAAGGUUGGACAACAUUUGUUUGACAUUGUGAAGCUUCUGCCUUUGAACUACAUCUUAUGAUUGAGGUACAAUAAAAUGUGAGGUUCAUACAAUGUGAGGUUCAUACAGACAAUCAAAUCUCUCUAGCUCUCUAAUCAGGGGAAUGAAGACUCCAAUAUUGUUCCAUGUAACAUCACGGAAUGACUGGUUUGUGGCUGGAUGGUCAUCCAUUUAAUUUAGGAAAGCAGAAUCACUGAGGAGAACCUUUGAGACUUUGAGAAUAACUGAUCGCAGUCACUGCUGCAACUCUGGUUUGCCUGAAA